GAUGCCCGCAUUUGCAGGGGUGCUGUAUGGUCGCUGAUAUGGUGUGAUCGCGGUGGGCAAGGAAGUGAACGUACUGACCAUACGCUACGGGAGUUCACCAUGAGCCUGACAUCUCUCAGAUUUACGGUGCGGGCACUGCUGCGGAAAAAGGUUUCGCCACGAAAACUGCGAUGGGAACAAGUGGCAUCCAGCUGCGAGGUGCAGAAGCGGUCGGCGGGCCACUUCACUUUUGUACCUGACACACCAUCGUCGUCAGAUGGCGAAACGGCACGGCUGAACCUCUACCAAGCAAUCACUAACGCCCUGGACCUAACGUUGUCCAACGAUCCGACUGCCGUGAUCUUUGGUGAAGACGUGGCAUUUGGUGGUGUAUUUCGAUGCACGGUUGGCCUACAAGAAAAGUAUGGCAAACACCGCGUUUUCAACACGCCGCUGUGUGAACAAGGCAUCGCAGGUUUCGGUAUUGGGAUGGCUGUGGCCGGUGCUACGGCUGUCGCCGAGAUGCAGUUCGCGGACUACAUCUACCCCGCUUUCGACCAGCUCGUCAACGAGGCGGCCAAGUAUCGCUAUAGGUCUGGGGGACUUUUCAACUGCGGCGGCCUGACAGUGCGAGCACCGUGCGGUGCAGUCGGCCACGGCGCCUUAUACCACUCGCAGAGCCCCGAAGCAUUCUUCGCCCACGUGCCCGGGCUGAGGAUCGUUAUGCCGCGUGGUCCAAUCCAGGCUAAGGGUCUCCUGAGGGCGUGUGUCCAGAACCAAGACCCAUGCAUCUUUUUCGAGCCCAAAAUCCUGUACCGUUUGGCUGUGGAGCAAGUUCCCGUGAAGGACUACGCCCUCCCACUUGACAAGGCGCAAGUGUUACAAGAAGGCGAUGACAUCACCCUCCUUGGCUGGGGCACACAGGUGCACGUGUUGCGGGAAGUGGCUCAGAUGGUUCAAGACAAGCUGAAUGCGUCAUGCGAGCUCAUCGACCUUUGCACACUGAUGCCAUGGGACAAGGAAACUGUUGCCAAUUCUGUGCGGAAGACUGGGAGGCUUCUGGUUGCCCACGAGGCACCUCUUACAGCGGGACUCGGAGCAGAGAUUGCCGCCUCAAUUCAGGAGGAGUGCUUCCUGAGCCUUGAAGCUCCAGUCCAGAGGGUAACUGGGUUCGACACACCAUUCCCACACAUCUUCGAGCCAUUCUACCUGCCAGACAAGUGGCGAUGCUUUGACGCCAUAAAGAAAAUGAUGAACUAUUAAUUCCUAGCA